AUGAUACAUCUGCUUCGCGAUGACCCAUUUACUGGAGCCGAAAUCUCGCAGGAGUCAUGUCCCACACAGGCACGAGAAGAUUUUGUUUGCUUCAACGCUUGUGAUACACAUAUUGUUGGCUCACCUACGACGCCGUCAGUCACGCUGCAGGCUGAUGGAGCGCACGCGGUACAAUUCUUCUGCUUACCGCCUCUUCGGCAGAUCAUCUCGACAUCUCAGCAUCCUAUCAUUUGGGCAAGUCGUCGUUCAGGCAAGAUGUGGCCCAUCGCUCCAACAGUCUCAUCCGCUUACCCACUUUUGAGAGAACGAUAUCAAACACGAGAUGCUCUGGAUGUCCAGAGAGCAGUGCUCACAGUGCAGCCACGAGGACUCCUGAAUCUCCUACCACAAUUCUACCACGAGCACGAGCGUCUUCAGUGCGACACCGAAGUCCUCAUUGACCGCUUCGUCGCCAACUGUCCAGAGCUCUACCCUCGAACAAGAUACAACCCGCUCAGGGAAGAAGAGCUUCGAGAUGUCUACUAUCUUGUUCUCCACGAUCUUUCACGCACCUCGACUGGCGACGUCGACGUCUACAUCGCAGAUGGACUACUCAGGCGCUUGGAAAUCUACAUGCGACACGACGCAAGCGGUGCCAGAGGACUAGGUGCCGCGUUCUCGUAUCGCAGGAGCCAGCAUCUGUUCCGUUCCAUAGCAGAAGUCUCUCAUGUCAACAGAAGUGCUAGAUUGGGACGUAUCCUGAGCACAUUCUUCAUUCAGCAUGCGACGACUAUUGUGGCUACGGAGAGCUCCGCCACCAUCGGCCAGUGGUGCUAUGCCAUUAUGCGUGCGGUGAUGAGAGAGACAGAGCGAGACGAGUGUCUGAGGAGAGUCUACCGUAUCAGACCGGAUCUCCCGCAGCGCUUGAUCCAGCACGGAUACAAAGGUCGGAUCGUUGCAGAACGAAUGCAACUUGCAGCCGAGGGUCUGUCAGUCGUCGGCGGUGGAGGCGAUCUGCUCGGUAUCGAUCGAGGUACAGGAUUAGGAGGCUUUGGUGGUCUGGGCGGGCUUGGCGCACUCGGAGGGCUCGGAGGAUUGGGCGGGUUAGGUGCAAGGAGCAGAUCCUGCGAUCGUCGACUUCUUCUUGGAGGUGUGGAUGACCUAUCUGGCCUUGGAGGCGCUGGCUUGGAUCUACCUGGGGAUGAUUUGCUACUUGCCGACGGAGCACGAGGACCUGGAAGCGCCAUUGCUUGGUAUGGGUGA